AUGAUUCCUCUCCUCCCUCUUACGCUCCUCUUCUCCCUGCUGCCAAACGCUCGAGCAGCACCACCUGAUGAUUUCCCAGGUGACGGGAUUCCCUACCGAGUGAUUCCAACUGGCACUGCCCUGCCCGAGAACUUUGUAGGAACCUACCUCUACCAUUAUGCCAAGUGCAAGCAAAACUUCGGCCCUGGGGCGAAGGGCAAAAUCGACGACGCCUAUUACGAUGCGUGGGUUAUAUCAAACCCACCCAACCCAGGCCAGAAGCCGAUGCCGACACCUCUUGCAUAUGCGACAAGCUCGGACCCAGACAAUAGAGGCACUCCAAUGAUUAAUUUCUGUCAAGGCUUUUUCGACCGCAGGAAGCUCGAGGACGCAAUCACGUACGGAAAUGGGCUCACUAGCCCGAACAACCUGAGACUUGCAAACUACGACAACAGAGCAAGUGUAUUCUUGCACGAGUUAUUCCAUUUAUAUCUGGCAGCCGACUCUCCAACCCCUAAUCCCCGUGUCACCGACCUCCAUAUUGAAAUUAAACUGGGAAAUGGGGGUAAAACCUACAAGACAGAGGCAUACGGGCCCCUUGGUACUAAGCUCUUAGCUCGCUGGCAAGGCGACCCGACGGUUGGCACUGCCGGAUACUAUGUUCAGCGGAAUGCUGACAACCUGGCAUACUACGCAUUGGCGAAGUAUGUCAUGACAAAGAAUGGCAAUAUAUAUCCCCACCUACCUAUCGUCGUAAACGAGAUAGAUGGUCCCCCGUACCCUAUGAACUUUCCGGGUUCGCUUGCUAUUUUCAUUACCGAGGGUAGUAACUUCUACUUGAACACUACCGAGGGUCUCUCGGCCUGGGAACUUUCGCCCGGCGAUGAUUAUCCGGGCUGUUCGGAUAAUGCCAACGACCCCCAAGACAUCACUUCCUCUCUCGCCAUCGAUGGAUUUGCCCCGGCCUCGGCCUAUCCGGAUAGCUAUAACAGCGAGGUUGCGAGUUGGAUAGAUGAUCUCGUCUUGACUGGUGGGGGGUCGGAUCCCGGCUCAGGGGCAGGCGCCGGCCAGCAGAUCGCGAUUGCGUCUUAUAUUAACCCACUCGGAGACCCGGCUUCGUGGUCACGGCUUUUCACGUACGAUACGGGGAAGCUCAGCGUUCUAGUCGCCAAUGUCUUAAACGGUCCAGAUUAUGUUGUCGAUCCAGCCUGGAAAUCGGUGAUUGACCAAGCUGCGAGUCAAGGCAAAACGGACUGGGUACCUUGGCACUGGGCUUCGCAGAUUGAACAAGACAUCGACAAAUGGUACGAGCUGUACGGCUCCAGCCUUGGCGGCAUCUUCUUUAACGAAGGUUGGCCAGAAUGCGGCCCGAACAACGUUUAUGCGGAUCUAUACAGCUACAUCAACAAUUACACCAAGCGUAAACACCCCGGCGCUUUCACAGUCCUCAACCCUGGGUCCCCGAUUGCUCAAUGUUACGAAAACACAAUGGAUGCGCUGUUGACAUUCGAGAACAGCUACGAGAGCUACCAAUCCUCAUUCGUGCCCAACGACUGGACGCCCAAGGAUCCCCGAAAGAUAUGGCACAUCAUCUACCGGGUGCCACAGGAUAAGAUUGCUGCCGUUGCCGCUCUUGCUCGGAGUCGUCAUGCAGGCCUACUGGAAAUUACCGAUGAUGAACUGGAAAUUACCGAUGAUGACAAUCCCAACCCGUACGACAACCUACCCAACGACGCCUAUAUGCAAGCGGUUCUCAACGCCGUGCCCGGUGGCAAGCCUGGAAUUGACGACCCAGCUAAAUUCACCGGCUCCUACGUUGCUGGUGUUCCGAGUAAUGCCGCUGUCUCCUCUUCUGAUUAUAGCUCUGUCACCUUGACUUGGUCAUCCGUCGGGAAUGCUCUUGGCUAUGCGGUGUAUAAAAAUGGCGCAGUGGUACUAGAGCUUCCUCCGUCGUUAACUCGAGCUACGAUUGGCAUGCUCGAACCUGGAUCCUCAGACCUGACGUUCGAGGUACGGACCAUCUUAGCUUCCGGUGGCGGGGGUAGCUCCCGGUUAAUCUCGGCGAGCACGCAAGGCCUCCCAGAGAGUGGUACAAUUACCAAUGUCGGCUUUACACAAAAUGGUGACACCGUUACAUACACGGCCGAUGUCCUGGUCCCGUACGCAUUUGUACGACUGUUUAUCGGUAUUAAGCAGCCUUUUAUGAAGGUCGGAAUCGGCCGCGGGUGGCCAAUCCAGGUGCCGGGAGUGGAUGAUAUGGGCACUGCACACCACCAAAUCGUGAACUACCUGGUUGAGGGGAAUGAGUUUUACUCAGGCUUUUACCAAUACACCGGCUCUUGGUACGAGGGGACUGAAGCAAAUGCGGAUUGGUCCUGGUCCCCGAUCGGUGUCGCACCUCAAUCUCAGAGUGGCUAA